CCGUCGAGAACUCUUAUAAGGAUCGAUGCCAUUGGAUCCCUGGGCUGCAGCAGGAUCGACGUCGCAUCCGAUGACUGACCUCCACCGCUGCCAGUCCUGAAGCCGGUCCAUGAUGCCUGAAUACGAUCUCCAGGAGCAACAGCUAGUCAAGCGUCUUGAUCUCAAGAUCCUCCCGAUGCUGAUGGCGAUGUGCGUGUGGCACACAUUGGUUCGCACGAAUCUUUCUCCGGGAUCACUCAUGAACAUUGACAGCGAGAGCGCAAUGGCGCGAGAACUCAACCUGUCGCCGCCCGAGCUCCAGUGGAUAUCGCUGUCGUUUUAUAUCGCCUCGGCACUAUUUGCACUCCCAUCAAAUCUGGCAAUCGGGAUAUUUCGACCAUCUAGGUGGCUCGCCAACAUGAUGGUGUUGUGGGGAAUCAUAGGGUCGGCUAUGGCGGCCCUCCAAGACGUUGGUGGCUUUGUGGCCAUCAAGGUAUUUCUGGGCAUCACAGGAGGAGGAUAUCUCCCAGCCGUGAUGCUGUACAUGACAUUCUUUUACACCCAGCAAGAGCGCGGAAGGCGCUUUGCGUUGAUUCUGGCCUUUGUCGGGCUCAUCGAAGCUUGCUCUCCGUUCCUCGCCCUGGUUCUGGAAGAAAUCGAUGGGAUCUUUGGCCUUUCGGGAUGGCGCUGGCUCUUCCUUGGCGAAGGCUUGGGAUGCCUUAUCAUUGGACUUUUGAGUUUCAAGUGUCUGGCAGACUAUCCUUCAACCGCAUCGUAUCUUACUGUGGCAGACCGGGUGCUUGGUUCAUCUCGACUGCAAGACCAGGAGUCCCAGAAUGAAGCGGCCUCCGAGUUCAAUCCGAUUGCAGACAACGUCAAGAGCCUCCCAACUCGUACGUUUCAUUACUACCAACUCACCAACUGCAUCCAGAGCUACCAGCUCUGGAUGCAAGCGAUUCUAUUCAUGGCUCUCCGAAGCUCGCUCGACUAUACGACGAUCCUGAUAGAGCAGUUUUCCUUGGAGAUUGUGCACACGUAUUUGCCCUCGACAGAGCACGGUUCGGGACACUCAUCCAACAUCCCAAUUUCGGCCUUCAACGUAUACGGACAGCUUUUGACGACGCUGCCGUUUGUUGUUACCAUCCCGCUUGCACUGAAGCUUGCAGAGUGGAGCGACAGUAGUCAGAGUCGCAGCUAUGCUCUCGGUCUUUCUGUGGGAAUUUCAGUCGGGUCGCUGCUUGCACUGGUGUGGAUGCCAGAGAUAGCUCCUGUGCACUACAUCUUUCUGGUGGCAGCGACCGUGGGAAGCGCAUCGGCACAAGCGAUCCUCAUGGCAUUCUCGCUCGAAGACUCCCGCGGAACGACUCAUCGAGCAUCGACGAUUUCUAUCCUAAUUGCGAUGGGCUAUGUGGGCGGCGGAAUCGUGGUGCCCUUGUGUCUAGGGGCCGACGGCACCUACAAGGCUAGACACAAGCCCUCGCUCUUGGAGGAGUACUUUGGACGAGAUAUCGAUCAGGACAGCAAGACCAAGGACAUCUGA